CCAUCAAUACCGUCUCUUUCGCGCGUUUAACCUUUUUUCUACUUUGACUGUUCUUCCAAAUCCAGACUUCCAGUUAGUCUUGAUUUCCCUGUCUUUUCAAUCAAUUUUCUAAUACCACUUCCUAGUUCAUCCAGAAGCUUUACAAUUUUAAAACCUUCAACAACAACGCCACGUCGCCACCACCACCACCCUCCAUUUCUAGAAGGAAGGCCCACUUUCUCACUCCACCCAUCCAUAUAUAUACACAUAUAACCUCUGUCCCAAUUAUCAAACACCAACAGCAGCAAGCAACAAGCAUCAACUUCAUCCCUACCCAAAUCAUCAAAAUGGAAAACUUCUCCGAUUUUGAACAACAACAACAACAACAACAACAAGAGGUUGAAGAAGAUGCACUCUCUCUUUGUGAUCUAUUACUCAAUGAUGAUGGUGAUGAAUCAGUAGAAACCCCAAAAACCUCUCCCUCUUCUUCUUCUGACCCAGCAGACUUCUUUGAAUUCUGCGUCGACCCAAUCUGUGGGUAUCUCCCCAUGGACGUUGUUUUCUGCGGAAAGUCCAUACUUUGCUCAAAACCCAUCACCCUUCCAACCCCAGAGCCUCAAAUCAAGAACCCUUUUUUCUCCAGAUCCGAAUCUCUCAGAUUCUCACAGGCCUCUGCCCCUCCAGCUCGUUCGGAUCCGGUACCGGCAACCGGGAAAUGCCGGUCGCCGUCGAGCAAUUCACGGAAGCACAAGGUGUUGAUAGGAUUGGUGAAGUACCAGCCGGAGAUGGACUUGAGUGAGAUAAGGAAACGACAGAGUCGGCGCGCUCCGGCGCCGAUGUUCCCGGUGAUGAAGGGUGGGGAGCAAUCGGCUUUAGCCGAUGGAAAGAGUGGGUCCGCGAAAGGGCACUGGGGUCUGAUGAGGAUGGUUAGGUGUCGGUUCCACCUGUUGAGCACGUUGGCCAAGGCGACUCUUGGGCGUGUGCCACGUGUCACUGUGUGAGAUUUAGGUCUUAUUUGGGCUGCUGAUAAUUAAAUUUGUUUAUUGGUUUUGGUUCCUAGCUUGAAGCUUCGUCAUGUACAUAACAAAUAUUAUUAUUAGUCCACAUAUUUUUCGGUUC